ACAGGAUUGGCACCGCUUACUUCUAGGUAGUACUGGGUCUGUGCUGAGUAGCAUCCGUUAGAUAAGAUGCUCCUACUCAACGUGCCUUAUUAGACUAGUCUAAGCUGCAGAUCAUUCGUUUUCCAUUCUCUCUUUGGUAAGUUUAGGUUCUGGCUACUGAUAAUGGGAAUACCGAGACGAGCGAGAGACUGCGGCGUAGCAAAGCAGGGUGAUGUAAUUGCAGAGCGAGAUUGAGACCAUUCUAGCUCCGUCGCGUGCUAACACGGGCGCAAGUCGACUAGUACAAGCCACAAGGGUCGACAUCUUCCACUAAUAUAUAGAUUAUAUACUACUCAAAGCUGUUCUUACUCGCACAAAUUAAGUCCACUUGAACAACUGUGCGACUACUAGCAUAUACUACGAGCACAGACACUAGAGAAUGGAGAACCCAAAACAUUACGAGGCACAAGCCGAGAAGGCGGCCGAUGAUGUCCCUCCCCCGCCAUACCAGAGCAUGGGCUACGGCACAAACACCUCCCCACCAUCAGAGCCUGCACCAUCGUACCACGGCGGUGAAUCAAGCACCGCGGCCGGGCCGAUAUCUGGCGGGAACUCCAAGUUCCCGCCCGCCCUCAACGCCUACUACAAAUGGGGUUUCACCAAGACGUUCUACCUCGGCGAGACAAAAGAUACGCCGCGGCUAGCCGGGCGCUGGCACUCGGGGCUUUCAAAGAAGCCCGAGUUGGAGCUAUUCGACGGCCCGGAUGACAAGGGCGCUCUCUUGGCCACGGCGCGUCACGGAUCCAUUUUCAGGUCGGCCUCGGUUCUCACAAUCCCGGCUCGCGAGGGGGUGCCCCACGACACAGAGAGCCAGCAGAUCAGCAUGUCCUGCCCGAAGCUCUUGAAGGACAAGACGUACGCGUUUGCGGCCGAUGUCGGCGUCGGCAAGGAGACGCGGCGCGAAGAGUUCGAGUGGCGUUCGAGUCAUGGCAGCGAAGUACGGGAGGUCGGUGGCUUGCGAUGGGGCUGGAAGCUCGUGCGUCUGUCGGGCGGGUCUGUCGGCGGCGGCGGAGACCGGGCAACGCGGGAACUGGGCUCGACGAGCGACGGGCUCGAAGUGGUAGCAGCGUGGGCGCACAACAGCAGCGCGUCGAUGACCAAGGCCUUCAAGUUCCAGCUGAUGGGCAGCGCUCUCACGGGUAUGCUGGGGGAUCGCGGCGCUACAGUAGCGCUCGUCUCUGCGCUUUGGCUAUGGGCGAUCGAGGUGGCUACGGCCAGUACAGCCUAGUCCAGCGCUUCCCGUGCCGGCGCCGAUCGAGCCCUCCUAGUAGCU